CUCCCCUCCCAUCUCCGGCGCCUCCAGAGGACUGAAGGCCCCAUGCCUCCAUUCUUGGACUGUUUGUCAGUGUGCCGGCCGUAGGACUCAUUUUGCCACCAUGACUGAUGAUCUGGUGCUGUGCAAGAGAGAAAAAAAUAUGUGGAGAAGUCUGCGCUAGACCACCCGAGAGAGGCAAAAGAAUGGAUAGGAAUGUAAGAAACAGAUGCCGGCAGAGCGUCUCUGGCAGUUAGGAAGACAGGUCCUUGAAGGGGCCUUGAAGGGUCCCCGUGACCGAGGAGGCGGGUUGGCGCUAGCGCACUGGAGGUUGGUCCCUGUCUGGGUGCGCUCUGCCACCUAGCCGUACUGGCUCGUUCUCUGCUUCUGCACCCCGGCAUCUGCUCUCAGCACGGGCUGGUGAGGAUUCCACGACUGCUGUGGUAGCUAGGAGCCCUGCCGGUGUUUUUUUCCCAGCUUCGGGCAUGCCGACGGUACUGGGUUUUGAAGGCAGCGCCAACAAGAUUGGCGUGGGAGUGGUUCGGGAUGGCAAGGUCCUGGCAAACCCGCGGCGGACUUAUGUCACGCCUCCGGGCACAGGGUUUCUUCCAGGUGAUACUGCCAGGCACCACCGAGCCGUUAUCCUGGACCUGCUACAGGAGGCACUGACAGAGGCUGGAUUAACCUCCCAGGAUAUUGACUGCAUUGCCUACACCAAAGGCCCUGGCAUGGGUGCCCCACUGGUUUCUGUGGCUGUUGUGGCUCGUACUGUGGCUCAGCUAUGGAAUAAGCCAUUGCUAGGCGUGAACCACUGUAUAGGCCACAUUGAGAUGGGCCGCCUCAUUACUGGAGCCACCAACCCAACUGUGCUAUAUGUUAGUGGAGGAAAUACACAGGUGAUUGCAUAUUCAGAACAUCGAUACCGCAUCUUUGGGGAAACCAUCGAUAUUGCUGUGGGUAAUUGUCUGGAUCGUUUUGCCCGAGUUCUGAAGAUUUCCAAUGACCCCAGUCCAGGCUAUAACAUCGAACAGAUGGCCAAGCGAGGCAAGAAGCUAGUUGAGCUGCCGUACACAGUAAAGGGGAUGGACGUUUCAUUCUCAGGGAUCCUGUCUUUCAUUGAGGAUGCAGCCCAGCGGAUGCUGGCCACUGGCGAGUGUACUCCUGAGGAUCUAUGUUUCUCCUUGCAGGAAACUGUGUUUGCAAUGCUGGUAGAGAUCACAGAGCGGGCCAUGGCGCAUUGUGGCUCCCAGGAGGCCCUCGUCGUGGGAGGUGUGGGGUGUAACGUGAGGCUACAGGAAAUGAUGGAGACAAUGUGCCAGGAACGUGGAGCCCAGCUUUUUGCCACAGAUGAGAGAUUCUGCAUUGACAAUGGAGCCAUGAUAGCCCAGGCGGGCUGGGAGAUGUUUCGGGCUGGACACAGGACACCCCUCAGUGAUUCUGGGGUCACACAGAGGUAUCGGACAGAUGAAGUAGAAGUAACCUGGAGGGACUGACAGGGUGAACAGGAUCAGAGAACACAGUGCCCCAAGCAGACCCAUUAUCUCGUCCCGCCGUGGAGGUCCUGGCCAUGCUGUGGGCUCCUCCUCCCAUCAUUUGAACCUCAAGAUGACUCAGCAAUAAAAUAUUUUUGGUUCUCUAUGUUGGUAA